CUUCACAGAUGAAGAGCCCAGAGAAAAAGAAGAGAAAAUCCAAUACUCAGUCGGCGGGAUUCUCCCACCUCUCUGAGUUCGCACCACCUCCCACCCCCAUGGUGGACCACCUGGUUGCCUCUAACCCCUUUGAUGAUGACUUCGGGCCCCCAUCUCGACCUGGUGGGGCAGGUGGUCCAGGUGGUGCUCCUUUUCUGCCCAGUCCUGGGGCUGGUGGGGGAGGUGGGUAUGGGGGUGGAGGCAGAAUGGGUGGAGGCAUGGGCUUCAUGGGAGGCCCAGGAGGACCAGGUGGUGGCCAGCCUGGGCGAAGGCCGCCUUUUGGGCCUCCAUCCAGUGCUGGACCGCACCACCAGCUGAGUUUUGGGGGGAUGCCUGGCUUUGGGGGUGGUGGCGGAGGAGGUGGUGGUGGUGGUGGAGGGGGAGGUGGCGGAUUCCCUCCUGGAGGCCCCUCACAGUUCAACAUGCCCCCCAAUUUUAGUCCACCCAUGCACCCAGGGCCAGGAUUCAACCCCAUGCUGUCUCCAGGGAGUAUGGGGGGCCCGGGAGGAGGGGGGCCACCCCAUCCUCGAUUUGGCAUACCCCCACAGCAGCAACAUGGACAGGGUGGACAUCCAUUCAACAGUCCUCCUUUACCUGGUGGUGGAGGACCCCGGGGCCCCCCACAUGGCCCCAUGAAUCCCAUGGGCGGGAUGCCUCCUGGGAUGAACAUGAUGGGUGGGAUGGGUGGUGGCCCAGGAGGAAACAUGGUUGGAGGGCUGCCUGGUAUGCCCCCUCAAGGACAGUUCCCUCCUUCACAAGAUGGUCCCUACCCAGGCCCCAGUCCCCCAGGACCGGGAAACGAGGAGGGCAAGAACUUUGGUGGAGGGGGACCUCAAUCUGGGCCUCCUCAGCAACAACAGCAACAGCCUAACCUUAACCCCAAUGGCCCACCUCCCAACAACACUACCCCUGGCCCUCCCCCAAACUCCGGUCCACCCCAGUCAGGGGGCGGCUUCCCUGGCCACCCUGAUGUCCAGCAACCCAACGCCAAUACGCCUGGCCAGCCUCCCUCAGCACCGCCUCAGGCCAAUCCCAAUUCCUCUCCUACUGGUCCACUGAAUGGAUCAGGCCAGCCCCAGCAUCCACCACCCAAUCAACUGCAGCCACCCAACAAUGCCAGCGCCCCCAACUCAAACAACUCCAGCCAGCAGCAGCAGCCACCACAAUCCACUCCUCCUAACUCUGCCCCUGGCUCCACCCCUUACAACCAGCAAAACAACACUCCAGGUACAGGGGGUCCCAUGCCCAACGCACCUCCUAAUUCUGCCCAGAACAAUAUGACCAACAACAAUGGAGGCAACACCCCUGGUAGUAACCCCAAUCCCCCCUCCAACUCCACCUCCACACCCAACACUCAGUCUCCCUUGGCUCCCGGCCCCACUAUGUCCUCCACCGGGCCAGGUUCCGGUCCCGGCAAACUUGGCGGCUCGGGAAUGGUGUUCCCUUGCGGCUUCUGUCUGGCAGAGGUGCAUGAUGACCAGGAUGCCAUCUUGUGUGAGGCUUCAUGCCAACGCUGGUUCCACCGCGACUGUACAGGCCUGACGGAGCCAGCCUAUGGGCUGCUGACUCGUGAGAGUGCUGCGGUUUGGGCUUGUGACUUCUGCCUCAAGACCAAGGAGAUCCAGGCAGUGUAUGUACGCCAGGGGUUAGGCCAGCUGGUGGCGGCUAAUGAGGGAUGAAGAAUGAAUCACAGAGGAGCAGUCGAGGAGGCACGACGUGUAGGAACAUGAAGAGGAGAUGCAAAGAGACAUUAUUUGCUCUGAUCUAACCCAACGAAUUGUGUAUCAUGUCUGCUACAUGCUCAACUUUCUCUUGAAUAGCCCUUUACUUGCUUGACAAACAGAAACAUACCCAUUCACAUUCAUGCUUACAUAGCACUUUUAGUGACUCUAGGUUUGUUUUUUUUUGUUUUUUUUUUUUGGGGUUUUUUUUUUUUUUUUUGGUUCCCCCACUUGAGUCAAAUUGUGUGACAAGUUUUAAACUCCACAGUCCACCAUACAUACAGCCUGUUGACCAGCAUAGCACUGACACCAACACACUACCUCACACACUGUGACUGGCACAGAAGCUCCUGCGCUGAUGGACCGACUGGUUUGACUCAGCCCAGAUACACCAAAUGGCAUUUUGUCACACAUAGACACACAAGGUGGGUGAAAAUAAAUCAAUAUCAUAAUUCAGAAGUAUCUCCCCAGCUAUAUUGUAUUGAUACGGUGAUAUAUAAAGUAUCAAUAUUUUUAUGUACAUUUUAAGGCUAUAAAUGCUCUAUCAGAUGUUUAAAAUUGAAGAAAUGGUCAUUGAAAGAGUGCCUAAAACUCUAAAAGGCCUUGAAUGUCAUUUUCCUUCUAAAUUGAUUCAUACCUGUUUUUUCUUUUUUUUUUAAUGUUUCAUAUUAAGAUUUAACAGGAUAUUAUUUGACAUUUACUGCCAUCAAAUGAAAGGAAAAUCUUAGGAUUUUUGAAUGAUAUAUUGCAGUGUCAAAUCUGAAUACAAAAUUUAUUGCCAAAGUACCAAGAAAAAAAAAGAUAGCUGGCACCUUCAGACAGUUUUCGUCAUUUGACAAAUGCUAUUUUGUUUUUACAGUAGCAUUCUGGCACACCUUCACUCUCCCCUGCUCCCUGUCUGCCGUUCCUUAUGACCCAGUGCAGAUCAACCCAAAGUAGACCCCAGGCUAAGACUUCAGACACACACUUCAGAAAGGUCAUAUUUGCAGAAGUAGUUGUAAAUAUUUAGGAAGACCAUUUGCUUUGAACACACCUCCAUCCAUUGUGAAAAUGCUGGAGUCAACCAAUGAACAAAAAAUGAUUUGUUCUUGUGUCUUGCUUCUGUUAAAUAGGACAUUUGGGGAGGGGGGGUUUAUAUAUUGAAUCAACUUUUUUUAUAUAUAUCUCCACCCGGUACACACAAAUUGUGAAAUCAGUGCUUUUGGAUGGCGUCGGCCUAGCAAAUAGUGACAUCACUUAAUAUCAGAUGUGCAUAGUUUGUUCUUGGGGGGGGUUGCAUGUGAACCAAUGCAGUGACUUUUGAUCUGUUUGUUUUUGUGUUCUGGUCUCUGCUGGAGGCCUUGAAGUAGACCAAAUAACUAAAGAGUGAAAAAAACUCCGUUUUCAUAUUUCUGUCACGGUCAGAGGUGUUAAUAACUUUCCCUUCUAUCUUUCUUUUUCUUUCAAUGUCCAAGUUGCCUUUUUUCAGCCGUUCCCUUUGAUUUUUGUAUUAUUUGUGCUGUUCAAUAUGCUCUGCUCUGGCGCCCUCUGGUGGAACGUAGAGGACCCAGUGAGCCCCACGCCGACUGGGGAAGGGAAAGGUACUGAACUCUGAAGUAAAGAGAACUUUUUUGUACUUGUCCAUGUCUGUUUUUUGUUUGUUUGUUUGUUUGUUUGUUUGUUUGUUUGUUUUUUAAUUUGUUGGUAAUUGUUGUAUUAAA